AUGACAAUUUUGGCAGAACAACCCCGGCUUUAUCCUGGACCGACAUAUGAAUUAAAUUACACCAUUUCCGAAGGAAGCAGCAUUCCGCAAAUGCUGGGAAAUCUUGUCCUCGAUCUAGGUUUGACGGAUUGGAUGCUGAAACAAACAAUGGCCGGACUUCCUGAGAAACAUCGUGAUAACUCAAAUCUUCCGCUCAGUAUUGAUGUUAUUGCUAAUGCAGGACAAGUUCAUUCCGCUACUCUGAAUGAACCUUCCACGCCAAAAUUGAGAUUGUUUCCGUCUAACCAGUGGGGCAAAAAUGAUUUACCCGGAGCUAAGCGUGAACUUCCUGCCGCAUUGGAUCCGGAUUUGUGUGAGAACGGGUUUGUGCAGUACAAACUCAUGCCCGCAUUUAUAGAUGAUUCUUCAGAAUCAAUUCCCUUCCAGUUGAGCAUAACUCCCCGACCCAGAAAUCGCACCCAGAUUGAACUGGUGUUACAACGUCCAUUAGACAGAGAAGUACGCGAUAGUUAUGAUCUUUUUGUCGUUGCCAUGGAUCAAUCCAGAACGGAACCGAGGCGCACGGGAACACUGAAUAUUCGUGUUAUGGUUGAAGAUGUUAAUGACUGUAGACCCAUAUUUGAUUUAGGUGAUCUGAUUGACCGUGGGGGCGCAUGUGUUCCUGGCACCGAGGCUUAUCGCCCGACGAUGCAUAUUCGUGUGCCCGAAAACAAAGGACCAGUCCCUUGGUUGUUGAAACAUUUGAGAGCAUAUGAUGCUGACAGUGGAGCUAAUGGUAAAGUUCAUUUUGAGCUUGGAUCACGCACACAUCAACUUACUAGGAAGUACUUUCGUCUGAACUCUACGUCUGGUGAAUUGUGGGUGGUUGAGUUACUGGACCGUGAAAAAACUCCACUGCUCGAUGGUGUGCAUCGACUGGUUGUUCUGGCGUUGGAUUCGGGGACUCCGGUUCGCAGCUCUCAGCUGCUUAUUCUUGUGUACCUACUCGAUGAGAACGACAAUGCACCGAGAAUCCGAAUAAUGGGCGAAGAUGUACAGACGACACAAAACAGCAUACAAACGGAACAGCUGAAUGAACUUAGUCAACAGUUUUGGGUAAAUCAAGAGAAAGUUUCUAGUUUAUGGCCAGACGAUCCCCAAUGGCCAGUGGAUUUACGCCUGGUGGGUGUCCACUCUCCGGGCCAAGUCGUUGCUACCUUGGUUGCUUCGGAUCUCGACCGAGGAGCUAAUGGGACUGUCGACUGCCGUGUGGGACACCAGUGGCCACGGUCUGAGAAACGAAGUUCUGACGAGUGGAUUGGAGGUGGUUGGUUCAAGUUAAAUCCACUUCUUAUGUACAAUGAUGCCGGGAGCGUUAGUUCUACGAGACAAUCCGCUGAAAGUAUAAAUCACAGUUUAGAGCCACGAAGUACUGGUAAAUACUGGAACCAAACGCAGGAAAAAUCCUAUACGCUGGAGGCGCUCAAGAUUACUGCUUCCUAUGAAACUCAGAUGCCUCACCAAGCGUCAGAGUUGAUAUAUCGACUACCGAUGGAUAGAAACAAAAAGGAUGUAAUAAAACUAUUCACGGUGAAUGCGGAAUCUGGUCAAGUGAUACUACUGCGGGAUGAUACAACAAAUUAUCAUUCCAAUGGGAAGUACACACUUAAAUUGCAGGUCCGUCUCAUAUCCCAAGAGGCAGAAGGGAACCUAACGGACUCAAUAGAUCUGUUCGUGCACAUUCAAUUCACCCCAAGAGCGGAUUUAGUGCUAUACUUCACUCCCAUCGAGGAUGGAAGAUUCCACCUGGACAACAGCUCAGUGAUUCAUCUAGACGUACCCGAGAAUGCUCCAAUUGGAUCCUUCCUCAACCCUAUUUCCAUUGUCUAUUGUUCAACAGUCGGUCCACAAGCGUGUCAAAUGGAGCUUCGGAAUGCGGGAUUGAGUACACUUCAAUCGUCAGUUCUAUCAAAGGAAUUUUGUAUCCAAGAACUUCCUAAUUCUGAAUGGUUCAGCCAAACCGGUCAAAAAGGAGUCCCAUACGCCAUUAUUACCAAAUCCGAACUAGAUAGGGAGGCGCAAGCAGAGUAUCGGCUACGUUUGUUCGUCUAUAAAUCUCCAGACUCCAUCGAUGCUGUCCAUGCAAGAACGCUAAUUAUUCAGGUGACGGAUGUUAAUGACAACGGUCCGGUGCUUAUGGAUCCCUUUUAUCCGGUCACUCGAUGGCCUCCGUCUAUGCUCCUCUGCACCGUUCCCUACCCCAAAAUGUCUCAUGAGCAAGCAGAUAAUCCCAUUUUUGUGACGAAUAUAUCCAUGUCCUUUCAAGAACAGCAAGGAUAUCCCAUUUUCCACAUACAAGCACUGGACCGAGAUGCUGGGGAGCAUGGAAGUCUCACAUAUUCCCUGGAUUAUGUAUUCCGUUGUGUUGAUGGCAAAGCAAUGCAGCUAAAAGUUUUUGAAGGUGUAAAAUUAGAAAGCACAUCUGGUUUACUUCAUGUGGCCAGUCAAAUGUCGAUAUCAUCGGUGGCAACGUAA